AUCCCCUCAUUUCCCAAACCACACACACAAACUAGCCUUUUCCCAUUUCAAAUCUCUCUCUCUCUCCCUCUGUUUUUUCAUUGAUCUGUUCAUCUCCAGCUAAGCAAAGAUGCAACAAGCAAUCCCUUACAAGUCUUGGGUGCCCUUAUACACCAACACCAACAAUCCUCUAGCCAACACCUCUACUAAUAAUCUUGUUGAUACUAAACAAGUCUUAAAAGGGUCUAAAAAUAUGGCCACUAUGGUUCAAGAGAAUGCGAUUAUAGUGUUUGCUAGGCGUGGGUGCUGCAUGAGCCAUGUAGUGAAGCGGUUGCUAUUAGGUCUUGGGGUCAACCCACCAAUCUGUGAGAUUGAUGAGGAAGAUGAGAUUAGUGUUUUGCAAGAAUUGGAGAUGAUUGUUAAUAAAGUUGGAAGUGGAAAUAAUAAUAAAAGAGUGCAGCUUCCUGGCGUUUUUAUUGGUGGUAGGUUGUUUGGAGGAUUGGAUAGGCUUAUGGCUACCCAUAUUUCAGGAGAAUUAGUGCCUAUAUUGAAAGAAGCUGGAGCCUUGUGGCUUUGAAUUUGAUUGCUGCAGUUUUGGUCUCACCUGACUUUUUUCCCCCUUUUGUUUUCUGAUUGCUGCAUUCUAGUUCACAAGAAAUGGAGGAUUAUUAUUUUUUUUUUUUAA